ACUUUCUCCCCUUCCUCAUAAAAACCAAAUCACCCCCAUUCAACCACUUCACAACUCAACCCUAGGCGCAAGCCCUCUCUCUCUCUCUUUGUCUCUUCCCCACCCCUACCUCUCUUUCUGUUGAUCAAGCCAUGGAUCCUCUGAGCUCUUCUCUAGAGACCCUCGUCCUGAGCUACAGAGGCAUCGCCUCCUUAAGCACUGUGAGUCACCUCUGGACAUGGGUCGCCAUCCUAACCGCGGCAAUUAGCCUCUGGAGGAUCAAGGCCGUAUCCGGGGCCGCCCCUUCUCGGGGGGAAAAUGAAUCUCUCCAGAAAGCAACGUCGCCGGAAAACCCCGAUGGAGGGAAGCACCAUCCCCAAUCCGCUCAUCUUCAAACCCCUCCAUCCCCCGUACCUGUUCGCUCUGGUACAGCGUCGGUCUCCCCGUCUUCCGAGUCGAACUGCGGGAGUCUUGAUUUCUGCAUGAACGGAGACUGCAGGGAGGCAGGACGGGACCCACCUACGAGUAUGGCGAGGAAUCCGUCCGGUCUGUUUUUCCGGAGGUGGGAGGGCGAUUCGGAAUACGUAUCGGAAAUGGGGAGGGUCGGAUGCACUCUCUGCGAGGAGGGUAGGGGGAAGUUCGAUGUCUAUUUUGACGGCGACGGACAUGAUAUUGGUGGCGAUGGAUGCUUUGGAGCUGUCGAAGGGUUCGGCUUCUGCGGGUUGGGAAAUUGCGUUGACGCAGAUAACUGCGCUGUCGCCUGCGGUUUCGCGCCGUUGGUUGGGAGGGAGGCCGAGUGGCCGUGGUACCAUAACCUGGACCUGACGGUGCUUAACGGCAACGUCGUCAGAUUGUGGGACGACGUUUCUGGCCGGAAGCCGCCAGUCGACUGGGCUUCCGGGCAAGUUUUUUCACUAUUUUAGAUAGGCUACUUUUGUACAUAAUUUAUAUGCCUCCGCACCUUACUACUAUGUUCCGAUAUCGUGCCGGAAAAUGACGGAUUCUGGCUACUCGGACUUCAUGCAUGGAUUCCGGCUACUCGGACUUCAUCCAUUUUGUACAAGCUUGUCAAUUAGGAAUUGAUCUCCCUUUUUAA